GUGAAGUCUCAUUUGCCAGCUCUUGUUUUUUCCUGAAGAGAUUAGUUUUAUUUGAGAAGGUGGUGUAUCUCCAGUGGGAUCCAGAGAGACUAGGUUUUUAUUAUUAUUAUUUCUACAUCUAGAAGACAAGAAGCAGGUGGGAAUGCAGGCCAUAAAGUGCGUGGUGGUUGGAGACGGGACAGUUGGGAAAACAUGUCUUCUGAUCAGCUACAAGACCAAUGCCUUCCCUGGAGAGAGCAUCCCGACGGUGCAGAGGUGGCAUAAGUUUGAUAAUUAUUCUCCAAAUGUAAUGGUAGAUGGGAAGCCAGUGAACCUGGAGCUUUGGGACACAGCAGGACUGGAGGACUACGACCGACUCAGGCCUCUUUCCUAUCCUCAAACGAAAGUGUUUUUAAUCUGCUUCUCGCUGGUGAGCCCUGCCUCGUUCGAGAACGUCCGUGUCAAAUGGUAUCCUGAGGUCAGACAUCAUUGCCCAAACACCCCAAUCAUUCUGGUUGGAACCAAGAUCGACUUAAGAGAAGACAAAGACACUGUUGAUAAGCUGGAAGAAAAGAAACUCACCCCUAUUACUUACUCACAAGGCCUUGCGAUGGCUAAAGAAAUAGAUGGUGAUUCGUUACGUCACUGGCUGCUUUUCCACUUGUCAAACCCUGCUGAAACCAUUAUUUCAUCACUCGACUCAUCACUGUUACCAGUCAUUGGAGUUUUCUCACAGGAAAUGAGUUUACAGCAUCGGAAGUAUGUAGAGGCCGUUAGAAAACCUGUUGUGAUUUUAUUUCCGGUUGUUUUAGGUGUUGGCUGCACUGGAGGUGAAGUCUCACUUGCCAGCUCAGGAUCUAUAAGAAAAGACAAGAAGCAGGUGGGAAUGGAGACCAUAAAGUGUGUGGUGGUUGGAGACGGGGCAGUCGGAAAAACAAGUCUUUUGAUCAGCUACAAGACCAACACCUUCCCCAGAGGGCACAUCCCUAUGGUACUUUAUUAUUAUUCUGUGAAUGUAAUGGUAGAUGGGAAGCCAGUGAACCUGGAGCUUUGGGACACAGGAGGACAGGAGGAAUAUGACCGACUCAGGCCUCUUUCCUAUCCUCAAACGAAAGUGUUUUUAAUCUGCUUCUCGCUGGUGAGCCCUGCCUCGUUCGAGAACAUCCGUGUCAAAUGGUAUCCUGAGGUCAGACAUCAUUGCCCAAACACCCCGAUCAUUCUGGUUGGAACCAAGAUCGACUUAAGAGAAGACAAAGACACUGUUGAUAAGCUGAAAGAAAAGAAACUCACCCCCAUUACUUACCCACAAGGCCUUGCUAUGGCUAAAGAAAUAGGUUCUGUGAAAUAUCUGGAAUGCUCCGCUUUAACUCAGCGUGGCCUCAAGACGGUGUUUGACGAAGCCAUCCGAGCGGUCCUGUGCCCACCGCCACCCAAAAAGCCGAAGCCGUGCUGCCUCCUCUGAAACAUCUGUAAAGAAACAUCUGCACUCACCUGAGGAGAGGCGUCACGAGUGGUGGAGAGAAGUGAAGAAAAAGCUGGAAGACUAUAAACCAUACCCCCUACAUCUCUCUUACUUACGUAUUAUAAUUAUAACUCAAUUGGCUUCACAACGUCUAUUUUCAGAUCCAAGGUGAUGCGUGUCCUCAUUUAUGUCCGUUUCCACCAAAUAAUUCCUGCUGCCUUUUAAUAACGUUGUUUUUUCAUGUAAUCGUGACCCAGAUUUGAGGUCAAACCCUUCAAUUAAGUGACUGAUGCACUUAAAUGAUCCCAAAAGGGAAAUUUUGGAAACAUUCCUUUUUAUUCAUUAUUUAGUGUACAUAUUUGGGUCAAAUAUUCAGUAAUGUUACACUGAAGCAGGAGGGGAGAAAGCGCCUCUCUGUGAUGGAGCACUCCAAAGUACACAACCGAAUUUGGCUUUUGUUUGCAUUGACUCACGCAUUCAUCGUGAAGGAUUCAGUUUUUAUUCCGACGCAGCAUUGUAUUAAGCCUGAAUAGGAGGUGGAGAAAGAUCUUGCCGUUCACAUCCAUUUACUGAAGAGUAGAUCACAGGAAGUGAUUUCAGGUCCACUCCCAAGAAGGUGUGAAACUUUUUAAGUCGGGUCCCAUUUUUUAUUGUUUUCUUCCAUCUUCCAACUACAACUUAUAAAUAAAUUUCUGUGCAAAUGAAAAUCAGUGUCUUUUGUUCCAUGCUUUAGUGAUUUCAUACAAGUGUUAAUCAGUUCAUUUUAUCUGUUAAAACAGAUUUUACUUCA